AUGCUCGGCUGGAUUGUACCAAUAUCUGGGCUUCUCAUGGAGCGAAUCGUGUGCACUGCUUUUGUUUGGCGAAGCAGGGAGCCGAUGGCUACCUCCUGCCCUUGUUUUGUGAUAUUCCUUGAUGGUGCGCUUCCUUGCCAGGUGAAGGAGAACAUUUGCAGCACCGGCUUUGUCGUGGACCGCGAGGACACCAGCAUUUGCCGGUCGCACUCGUACCUACUGCAGCUCUUUGCCCGCGCUGGCCUGGCGGUCGUCCACACGGCAGAGCAGAGCCGUUGGCCCAAGCAGGUGUACUCAGUGCGAAUGUACGCGCUGCAGCCGUGCUGA